AUGCCCUCACCUACAUUUGUAGAUGAUGCUAGCCCCGACAGUCCACAGGCACAACGGGUACGCAGGACUAUUCGCAAGCCUGAGAAUACAGCCUCUCGCCCUCCUACCCGCCGUCAACCUCGCUCUCCUAGACAUCAGGCUCCCCAAGCUCAUUCCCAUUCUCAAGACCAAGUCGAAUAUGAUUCUCAACCCCUCGCUGCCCCAUAUGCAGAACGUAGCAACGAGUCUCCAGCUGAAUCUUUAUAUGAAUCUGCAGCCGAAUCACUUUUUGAUAUUUGUGCUGAAUCUCCGGUAGAACAUCAUCCUGAGCCUCGUCUCUCUCCUCAUAUUGAUCACCAUAUUGUUCAUUAUGCCGAGUCUGCAGUAGAACCACCAUCUGAGUCCCGUGCAGAGUUUGGUGCCGAGCUUCUUCCAGAGUCUCCCCCAGAGCCUCUCAUGGAAUACGAUGCAGCAAUUGCCUCAGAUGAUACCAUCUCUUGCUUCCAGAAUCACAGUAUGUUUCACAGGAGCCUAUUUUGCCUGAGGCCGAUGACCAUAUCCCUCUCGUGUUUGCAGAUAAUUCCUGCUAGCAACCCAAGCUUUUCAAGCUCUUCGAGCUCGUCUAGCUCUUCGGGCAAUGAUGCAGACAACGAGCCCAUGGACGAGCCCAUCAAUGAGCCUUACUUUGACGACAAUAGAGGCGAAGAAGAAGAGCAACCGGAGGAUAUACACAACAUUAAAGACUUCCCAUACCAAAUCAUUCCAAAUAUCAACCUACCAGACUCUAUCCCCAAGCACUACGCCCUCAUGAAGGUACGGAUGGAUGGAAACGUUGCCCAAGAUUUUCACAGACGAUGUCUCGCUGCCGUACAAGGCUUCAUAUCGAUCUUCAAGUUGGACGAGGCAUCCGCUAGGAGAGAGCUCAGAGCCAUUACUGGAAUACACCACGUUCAGUACGACGUGUGCCGUAAUAAUUGCAUCUGCUUUGCUGCUUUUCCAACUUCAAAGGCCUGUAAUAUGUGCAAGGCAGACAGGAAAGAUGCAAAUGGGAAACCAUAUCGUACUUUCGAUUACAUCCCUUUUACUCAUCGUUUAUGUCCGCUCUACACAGACGCUGGAUAUGUCCGUGAAACGAUGAAAUACAAAGAGUCGUUUCCAACAGACCCGUAUACUGCAGACAAUCCUAGAGUUUCUACCAGAGACUACUGGGAUAGUCUUCUGUACUCAGCGGUGAAGUAG